ACAGUGAAGCCUGGCGUGUUGCAGUCCAUGGGGUUGCAAAGAGUCAGACACGACUUAGCAACUGAGCAACGACAAGCACAGUGGCAGGCAUAUAGUAAGCUGUUUGUAAAGGUAGCUCUCUACUCUAAUCCUUGAAAUAGUCCAACCUGAGCCUGAUGCUUCAUCUAUUCUGGGCAUGUAGAGUGCAGAAUUCAUGGUUGUAUGCUAUAGAAACCAUUUCUGGAGGAUUUAAGGAGAGGAGGAAAUUCCUUGGUGGUCCAGUGGUUAGGACUCUGUGCUUUCAAUGCCGAGGGCCCAGGUUUUCACAAACAAAGAAAAGAAAGCAAAGAAACAACAAUAACAGAGAGAGAAGAAACUCACUUAAAAGAUGUUGGAGGAGUGCAGAGAAGUUCUGCGAAGGUUGCAGAGCCAGGCUUGGAGAACAGGCUGGAUCAAGAGCGGCUGGACAGCCCAGAGAGGACUGUGAGACCUGCCUGAACCCCCCUCUUUGAAACUCUGCUCUCCUGGAAGCUGACGUAGCACCAUCCACAGAGUGGGCUCCCUCAAUCUGCCGCCUCGGGACCACUGGCUUCUGAUCACAGUCUGGAUGGGUACAUGUGGUCAGUCUGGUCCAUGGCACGUGCCUGCACCAUGUGUUGGGGCGAGGAGGUCGAAAUUCAGCCUGUUGCCUUUCCGGCUUUUAUAGUGGAAUGUGCCUUCUGCCUCCUUCCAGCCUCUAGUGAGAGAAAAUUCCAGGUGCUGGGCAUCCAAAACACCUGGGAAAUGUCUACAUGGGAAAUGAGAUAGGUGGCAGGGGCAUGAAGGGGGAGCCCUCUCCAGAGCUGGGUUGUUGCCACAAGACCAAGCUCCUGGGGAGCACAGGGGAUUCUCUGUCCCCCCGCCUGGACUCCCAGCUCUGCCAAGAUGGCCAGGUCUUCCCAGCCUUCAAGCCACAUCCAGACACAGUGGAUCCUCAUGGCCAGUCCUGGGCCAGCUGGCUCUGCCCAUGGCCUCUGGCACCAGCCAAGUCUGCCCUGCUGGCCUGCCCCCAGGGCCUGGACCUAUACCUGUGCGCCCUGCAGUCGACAACCCCAGCAGCAGCCCCGCGGGGUCUCAGAGAGGAUGCUUUGAGCACACGGCACCUGCCACCAAGGCUGCCUGCCAGCUCCUCCAAUGGCGAGAAACUCCCAGCCAAGUGUCCUCCGAGCAGGGACAAGAUGGGAAGCCAGACAGAAAGAGCUGGCAAGGGGUCCCCCUGCCCAUCCUUCUCUCCUCCCAACAGUUCUUCCCUAAAUUCUUGGCAAAAUAAGAAGAGCCCCUUGGCUUUCUGCUCCUGCUCCACACCCCCACCCAACUCCAAAGAACUCUCCUCCCACUUCCGCCCAUUCUACCCUGCCUACCCAUUUUUCCUGCCCCCUCCUUACCUGGUCACGUGGGGGGGCCUACCUUCAGUGCAGUGUCCCCCCCUCUUCAAGCUGCCCCAAGACACCCCAUAUGCCACCAUGGCUGUGCCCAGCUUGCUGAUUAACGUCAAUGAGCCUGAGCACCCCAGCACCUGGGCGGAGACCCUGCGCCCCUACCCAGGGGCCUGUCAAGACUCUGGCCAAACCCAACCCUCCCAGAGUCAGAAUCCAGGCCCUGCCACUGCCAGGACCUACUCCACGGGACCGGAGCGGGCUGGCAGGGCGGCUGCAGGAAAGCGGGCCCCGCCGGGCUCCCAGGCUGGCUCUGCAGCGCUGCCUUACCCGCUGAAGAAAGAGAACGGCAGAAUCCUGUACGAGUGCAACGUGUGCAGUAAGAGCUUCGGGCAGCUCUCCAACCUCAAGGUCCAUCUGCGUGUGCACAGCGGGGAACGCCCGUUCCAGUGUGCCCUGUGCCAGAAGAGUUUCACCCAGCUUGCCCACCUGCAGAAGCACCACCUGGUGCAUACUGGGGAGCGGCCCCACGAGUGCCCGAUGUGUCACAAGCGCUUCAGCAGCUCCAGCAACCUCAAGACCCACCUGCGCCUGCACUCGGGGGCGCGGCCUUUCCAGUGCAGUGUCUGCCCAAGUCGCUUCACCCAGCUCGUUCAUCUGAAGCUGCACCUUCGUCUGCAUGCCUCACGGCCCUGCGGUCUGGCUCACACCCACCUGCCCCUGGCAUCUCUCACCUACCUUGCCCGCUGGCAUCAGGGGGCCCUAGAUCUUCUGGCAGUGCCAUCAGAGAGGCAGAUGGACUGGGACGUGGACAAGGUCAAGGUGUCCUCAGCAUCCCGGGGCAAGCCCUGGGGUGGCCAGAGCUGCCCUGACCUGGCCCAGGGCCAGGGCAGCACCAGCAAAGUCAGCCUCAAGGCCGAAGCCCAGAGCCGCUCAGAGUUGGACCUUCGGGCAGGGAGCCUUGGCUCCUGGCUUUGGAAGCGACGACACAGCUCAGGGGGGCCGGCGGAGCCUCUGGGGCGCCUCCAGAGACCUGCUGUAGGCAGCGCCUCUGACCUGGCCAACUAUGCCUCCAUGGGGCAAGACAGCCUGGCACCAGCAGUGACCUCAGGAGAGCCUGCUGGAGCCAGGGGUCCCUCAGGCCCACCGCCGGCGCCUGGAUGUUUGGAACAAGGACCUCCGGGCCACACCUGCCGGCAACCCCCACACUCAGCCCGGGGGUUUCCUCUGUGGCCUGAGGCACCCAGCAACCUGGAAGACAUGCUGCCCCACCCAGCGUCCUGCCCCAGGGCAGAGGGGGCAAAGGGCGAGCCUACCAGCCCAGGGCCAGCCCUGCUAGAGCCAGCCCAGACCCUACAUGAGCGUCCCUCUGCCAGGAGGACCCGCUACUACCGCAUCACUGUCAGCCUGCAGGGGCGUGAGCAAGCACCUGGGGAGGAGACUGAAGAGCCCAAACCGGCCCAACCAGCUCCCCACCCCUGCGGCCCUGAGGAAUCCAGGGGCUGGCAGGAGCCUCCCCAGGGGCCCCGCCCCAUCACAGGGUGCCUAGCUGACCCGCCUCAGGAACCCCAGCUCCGAGCCCCACCACAUCAGGGGAGCAUGGCCCAGCGGCAGGAGCUCCGGGCCGGCCGGCCGCCUGGGUCCCCGCACAGCCGGUCCUUCAACUUCACCCCUUGA